AUGAUCACCAUCUCCCACAUUAUUGAACCCCUCAUUGAUUCUGUUCUCAAAUAUGCCACUCCUCCAGGUCAACGCCUUCCUACAUUUCGACAUCCUGCUGGUGUUUGGUUUCAGAUAAAAGUUGCACCCCUUAUUUCUGAUAUAGAGGCAAGUCACAAGGCUGGAGGAUUUAUGGCUCAUGCUCAAGUAUGGCUGAACACAGCAACAAAAUCUGGUCGCAAAGCUCAGGCUCAAUCUACUGGGGUGCGGUGGACUCCUCUUCACCAUCUGCCUUACUGGGAUCCUGUUAAACAUGUUCUUCUUGGGUAUAUGCACAACUGGCAGGAAGGAGUGUUAAAACAUCAACUCCAUGUUCUGUGGGCCAUUGGGCCACAAGAAGGUUCUCAGAAUACUGGUCAGGGAAUUGACGAGGAGGAACAGUGGACUGAAACAGAUGUAUCUGAGUCUGCAAGUGAGCUUGAUGAGUUACAUCGAGAGGCAGCAGAGGCAGAAGCAGCACCACUCCACCAAAACCCUUCAUUCUCAUCCCAGCAUUCUGGCCGAUCUUCAACACUCUCUGGAACACCAACUCAAGAUGACCACAUCCCUAUGCAUUUGACAUGCAGGAUGAGG